AGCCCGAGAGAUAAAGAAUUAGGGUUUGGGAGGAUCAUCUCCAUGGAGCCGAGGUUAGUGUACAGCCACCUGAAGCCUCAAAGUAUUGCGAGCACCUGAGCAUUUAUCCAGUCGCCGUGUGAUGAUUCACACUGGACGCAAAUCCGGAAGACCACUUCACGAUCAUCCUAGAUGGAAUAGCCAAGCUGUCUGCUUGAGAAUGUCUCGAGAGCUUGUGAAGCAAUGAAGCAAUGAAGCGUAUGACCUUCGACCUCUCUCAUAGUCCGAACAACAAAAUACACCACACACGUCCUCAGUAUCCGGCCUGUGGUGUACAAUCUUCACCAUGUUCGACGCUUUUCCAAGGCUGCCUCUAGAGCUUCGAAUUCGCAUAUGGGAAUCGGCUGUAUUUCCACGGAUGGUAUACCUUCCUCAGUUGACGAAACAGAUGCUUAGCACACAUUUACGUGUACAGCCUACAACAUCGUGGCCGCCAGUUAUGCUUGUUUGCCACGAGUCUCGACAGUAUGCAAAUUACCAGCAGUUCCACAUAUCUGGGCCCGAAUCGCGUCCCACAUGGAUCAAUCUGGCAGCCGAUAUGGUGUGCAUCGCGUGGUACGACUUCCUCGAAGACCCUUUCCCCCAACAUCGAUCACAAAUUCAGCGACUUCAAAUCGACCUCAACAUCGAUGACUAUUCUCCCUUAUACUUCAGAAGAAUCUGCCACCAAAUCAUGAGCUAUCCUAAUCUCACCGACCUGCGAUUCAUCGUAUCCGAACCCCUGAUAUUUUGGGGAUUGUUCUUCAAGGAUCGUGACUGGUAUGCCUGUGCUGCAGAAAACAUCAGUCUCGUUUGCCCCGUAUCUGGCCUCGUCCUCACUGGCGAUCAACUUGACAUGUCCGUGGAAUGGCGACGGAAGCGUUCGUAGGGGACGACAGGAGAUUACGGUAUGGCUAGAACAUGGAAGUCACUAUACGCACACCUGCAUCAUUGGGUGGAGACCUCAUGUGGAGGUGUGGUAGCCCGCCCGUUAAUGGGCAACUGGCACCUGCCAGCAAG